ACUUUGGACCACGUUAACCGAAAGAUAAUCUUAAAUUUUUAUAUGAGAAUUGAAGUCGGUUUUGUUUUUUCGAUUCGAAAACGAACUAGCUCAAAAAACUUUUGAAGAACGCCCUACUUCACAAUUUUAUUGAAAAACACCUAUCUGAGAAUUUGGUUAAAGAACGCCCUAUCUCAGAGUUUUUAAAUCGAAUUCUGAGAUAGGGCAUUUUACAGCCAAGUUCUGAAAUAGGAAGUUUUUGAAAAAGUUUCCGAAAUGGUUGCCGAGAUAUGUCGAUCUUUCACUCAGGUAUCAAUAUGUACAUACAUAUAUAUAUAUUAUGUGAUUCUCUUAUACUCGAAAAAUUGCGAAAUGGAAAUUUAUAAUUUUAGUAGUUCAUUAAAAAUUUCGAGGUUUUCGAGAAAUGUCUCUGAAUUUUUUCUUCCAUGUGAUUGCUGUUAUGGUUCUCUCUGGGAGAGAAUCGCAACAACAACCACAUGGAAAAAAGGUGCAGAACUAAAACGAUGAAUUCGGCAGUUCAAAAACGCUAUCUUUAUUUUUUAUGCUUGAACUUAAGAAAAAAAACGGAAAGUUGCAACUCGAAAUCUUAUUCAUACAAAUCUUUACAGCUCAAACUUUUGAGAUUUUGGAGAUUUUUUUCGAACCUUUCGCCCGAUUUAUUCAAAUAAAUUGAAGUAUUGGACCAUUAACACGGGGUUUCAAAAUAUCUUGACUCCUGCACCACCUAUCGUGUAAUUUUUUAUUUAGUUAUUCAUUUUUAUGUAGGUAAUGUACAUUCCAAAUAUGAACCAAAUCGGUCCAUAAAUAGGGGCUUUUGCAAUAUUUCGACAUCCGCGCCAUCUACCGGAUUAAUUCAUUUUUCAUAAUUGCCAUGGGGUUCUGAGCUAAGUUUCUAGUCUCUAGCUCAUCAGUUAGUUGGUUAAAAUUGUUGCCUAAACUUCCAAGCGAGCAAUAUUCUUGACCCAGUAACCCUAGCCAAGGUGGCGCAUGCGCCCAUUCAGAGUGUGUUUUAUUAAAAUUGACCCUUUGAUUCUAUUGUUUAGCCACAAUAACGCACAAACUACGUUUUUUAUUUUUAUUGCAAAUGCCUUUAAUGAGUAAUAAGAGCGCAGUGACGAUUGUUUCAAAUUACGACUUCCAAGGGCCUCAAACUACAAAGCGUUGGCGGGGCAUUUUCAACAACCAUGUUUCGUGUUCCGUCAUACCCAGCCAAAGAGUAGCUGCUUUUGCCAUUAGUUAUUUAUGCUGUGCUUGAUUUUGUAGUUGUUGCUUGAAUGCUGUGCCACCGAGUUACGCAAAAGCGCGGCGUUGCAAGCUGCUUGCCGCCAAUUCGAAUAUUUUCGUAUAAAUAAUCGUAACAUUUAAAGUCAAAGCAUCAAAACAUUAGCAGCAACAGUUAGUUCAACAUCAGCGUUAGUGCAGUAAACUUAAUUUCAAGCAAAAUGAAAUAUCUGCAAGUUUUCCUCAUUGUCAUCAUCUGCGUGGCCGCAUGCUUGGCAGCCAUUUCGGAACCGGAAGACGUUGCUGCCUUGGAGGAGAAGAAGACUGAGAAACGUGGCGUGUUCGGCUUCGGCUAUGGGCAUGGGUAUGGACACGGCUACGGUCAUGGCUAUUAUGGCGGCUAUGGCUAUGGUGGUGGCUACGGUGGUGGUUAUGGGGGAGGUUAUGGUCAUUUCGGUGGUGGCUAUCCACCCUACGGCGGAGGCUACUCGUCAUUCCAUGGCGGUCCAUCCUACGGUGGACAUGGCUACUACCCUCAUGGCGGUUACUAUGGCGGCUACCAUUAACUGGAAGUAAUGAAUACACUACUUUGUAUGUACAAUAACUAAGUACAUUACUAAAAUACACUAAUGCCAUGAAGUGUUCGAAUGGAACUGUUCUUUUUGUUUUUGUCGAAUGAGACGUUUUCAGCAGCAAAUAAAAGUUUUUAUUGA